CGGGUGCUUGUCAGGCUGCUGGAGGACCUUUCCCGAAGGAGGCUGUGCCUUCAUUCGGGCGCGCCCUUGGCUGGGGAGGCACCUCCCUCGUGCGCAGGAACCACAGGGGCGAGUAGAAGCCGGUGAGCCCGGGAGAGAGUGGGGUCCCUGCCUCCUGGGAGACUGGGAUUUUGGCCUCCUCACCGCAGUACCCCUGACUGUGGAGCGUCAGAGACGGAAUAGGACUUAGUGAUCUUGUCCAACCCCCUCCCCGUUAUUCACAGGUUGGGGAAAUGGACGCCUGGAGAACAGAAAUCCAGUUACCAAAAUUGACUCCAAUAGAGAGAACCUAGAGGAACAAUGACAAUGGAAGAAAUUGGGAACAUUAUCAAAAAGCUAUCAUCCUGCCAAACUCCAGGCUCAGAUGGUGUUACAGGUUUAAAAAAGUUCUUGAAAAAGAAAGAUCUUAAGCAACAUGAUGGAUUCAGAAGCUCAUGAUAAGAGGUCACCAAUACUAACAUCUUCAAAACAAGAUAUCUCACCGCAUAUUACAAACGUUGGUGAAAUGAAGCAUUACUUGUGUGGCUGCUGUGCCGCCUUCAGCAACAUCGCAAUCACAUUUCCCAUUCAGAAGGUCCUCUUUCGACAACAGCUGCAUGGCAUCAAAACCCGGGAUGCAGUACUUCAGUUGAGAAAAGAUGGAUUUCGAAACUUGUAUCGUGGAAUGCUUCCCCCAUUGAUGCAGAAGACAACUACGCUUACACUUAUGUUUGGUCUGUAUGAGGAUUUAUCCUGCCUUCUCGACAAGCAUGUCAGUGCUCCAGAGUUUGCAACCCGUGGCAUGGCGGCAGUGCUUGCAGGGACAACAGAAGCGAUUUUCACUCCGCUGGAAAGGGUUCAUACAUUGCUUCAAGACCACAAGCAUCAUGACAGAUUUGCCAACACUUACCAGGCUUUCAAGGCACUGAAAUGUCAUGGAAUUGGAGAGUAUUAUCGAGGCUUGGUGCCCAUUCUUUUCUGGAAUGGACUCAGCAAUGUCUUUUUUUUCGGCCUUCGAGGUCCCAUUAAGGAACAUCUGCCUACCGCAACGACUCGCAGUGUUCAUUUGGUCAAUGACUUUAUCUGUGGAGGUCUAUUGGGUGCCAUGACGGGAUUCUUGUUUUAUCCAAUUAAUGUUGUAAAAAUUCGCAUACAGUCUCAGAUUGGUGGGGAAUUUCAGUCUUUCCCCAAGGUUUUCCAAACAAUCUGGCUGGAACGGGACAGAAAACUGAUAAACCUUUUCAGAGGUGCUCAUCUGAAUUACCAUCGGUCCCUUAUCUCUUGGGGCAUAAUCAAUGCAACUUAUGAGUUCUUGUUAAAGGUUAUAAUAAAAAAAAAAAUCAGUUAAGUGCCAUUUAACAACUGAAUGGACCUUCUGAGAAGAAUGCAGUUUGGCCUCUUUCUUAAUUGGCGAAAUACAAGUUGGCGUCAUAACUCCAGGCCACACUUUUGAAGACCAAAUUGCAAAUACAUUACCAGGGAUGGUUUUGUGUUGUCCUAUAGACUUCUUAAAUUUGAUUUAAAAAAUUCAACAGAGCUUAUAACCAACAGCUUGGUCUGAACUUGAAGUCAAAAUGUGUUGUUAAUAAUAGAUUCUAACUAUUGUUUUUACCUUCAGUGUGAACUAGCAUGGUAAUAAUUUUGAAAAGGCAGGCCAGCUAUGGUGGCUCACGCUUGUAAUCCCAGCACUUUGGGAAGCUGAGGUGGGCAGAUUACUUGAGGUCAGAAGUUCGAGACAAGCCUGACCAACACAGUGAAACCCCAUCUCUACUAAAAACACAAAAAAUUAGCUGGGCGUGUGGCACACACCUGUUAUCCCAGCUACUCGGGAGGCUGGGGCAGGAGAAUUGCUUGAACCUGGGAGGCAGAAGUUGCAGUGAACCGAGAUCAUGCCAGUGCCGCUGCACUCCAGCCUGGGCUACAGAGCAAGGCUCUAUCUCAAAAAAAA